ACGGCUGUUGGAGGAACCGGUAACAGCACCCAGGAAAGGAUUUCGCCCAUUUCGAGACCGGCCACUCCCCCUCCGGCACCAGAAGCUAGACGUACCGAGAACGAGGAUCAUCAGGCGAGCUUGAUGAAGAAGUUGCUCACCUCGUGUGUUCUCCCAAAGCCAGACAUUCCCGUGUUCUCAGGCGAUUUUGCCAGAUUCCACCAGUUUUUGAGAGCGUUUGAUGGACGAGUCGCUAGCGUGGUCGUCGAUGAGGAAGAGAAGCUUCGCUAUUUGGAGCAGUUUACGUCUGGUACACCAAGAGACAUCGUACGGGGAUGCAUGUUCAUGAAGACCGGUGGCUAUGAGGAAGCGAAGAGGCUAUUGAUGAAGAGGUAUGGCAACCCUGACCGGAUGGCUGAGUCAUUCAUCGACCGUCUGGUGCACUGGCCACUUGUGAAGGGUGAUGAUGUCGCUGGACUCGACAAGCUCGCGGUGGAGAUGAGAGCCUGUCACAACGCAGUGGACAGUCUGAUGGGAGCCAGCCAUGAGCUGAACCAUCCAAAGACAAUGAAGAAGAUUUUGGAGAAGCUGCCCUUCGCAAUUCAAGAAAAAUGGCGGAGAGAAGUGGACCGUCUGGCAGAAGGAGAGGGAAGGUCUGCACUGUUCUCUGAUCUGGUCAGCUUGAUGGAAGUAGAAGCCAGAAUCGCUUCAAACGCUGCCUUCGGCCGUCAAGUCUUUCUCAAAAAAGACCUAUCAAGAGCCGACAAGUCUCAGGAGACCAAAGUCAAGUGUAAUUACGUCAAAACCAAAGACGCUGAAACCGAAAAGAAGAUAUGUGUAUUGUGCAAGCACGAGCACGACUUGUCUGCGUGCCCAGUUUUUGCAGAGAAAACAUUGGUGGAAAGAGAGAAGCUUGUUCGUCAGCACGCGCUCUGCUUCGGAUGUCUGGAGGCGGGUCACAGGUCCAGAUGGUGUAAGUCCCGUCUGACAUGCAUGGUGUGCGGGAAGGGCCACCCCUCUGUGCUCCAUAGAUACCAGACGGCGACGGUCAGCCACGAUAGCCCGCCGAUGACUCUAUUAAGUGACCAGCGGGCUUCGCAGGCAGCAGUAAACGUCCUCUCUUCUAGAAGAGCAGGACAUUCGGGUGUAAAGAUGCCAAUUGUUCCGGUGAAAGUGAAGUACCAAGGUGGGACUACUGUACAGACUUACGCCCUUCUCGACAGCGGUAGCUCAUCAACCUUCUGCAGUCAGUUGUUGUUGGACAAGCUGGGGGUGCCCACCUCGGCGAAGACCAAACUCUCCGUCAUCACCAUGGCCAGGGACCCGCUCAAAGUCUGGACGGCUCCCGUUGAGGGCUUAUCGAUAUGUGGCAUCGACGAAAGUGACCCCGUUGACUUACCUGAAGUGUUCUCGUUGGGAAGCAUCCCAGCCAGCCGGGAGGAGGUCUGUAGAGUUGACGAUCUCUCUGACUGGCCACGCCUGCAGGAAGUCGUCCCGCCUGACAUAGACGCUGACGUAGGACUCUUGAUUGGCGUAAACGUCCCCGCUGCUCUGGAGCCUGUCGACUUCAUCAAGAGUCGUGACGGCGGCCCUUUCGCGGUAAAAACCAGGCUUGGAUGGAUGGUCCAAGGCCGAGUUCGAUACUUGAAACCGACGCAGCCGAAGAGCACCACGAAUCGCAUCAAAGUGGAGCCCCAGCAGCUUCAUCUGGACGGGAGCCUGGCUACUGGAGAACGACACUUGUCUGUUGAAGAUCCUCGAUGGCGGAGCGGUGACACAGUUCAGCCGCCAGAGGUACGCCUGAGGAACGUUCUCCCCUUCGGCGCCAGGUCCUCACCCGGAGUAGCUGACUGUGCUCUGCGGCAGGCUGCGGAAGCCAGUGGUGAAAGAAGUUCGUGGUUGAAGCCAGAUAAAACAUUGGAGACUGAAGAUGCUGUUGUGAUCGCUGACAGUGGCCUUCAAAGGAUCCAGCGACCACUGGGUCGCGUGAUAGAAAGGCGUGCUAGCCAGGACGGACUGGUGAGAAGUGUUAAGGUGAAAACGAAAGGAAGGGAGAUGUGGCGCCCAGUCACGAAGCUGGUGUCAUUGUGCUAGGCGCCAGCUGAGCGAGGACGCUGUGCCAGAUGGUCUCUGUGCCAGUUCGAUUGAGGCAAUCUGCGUUGCGCAAGGUACUUGUUGAUUUGGGGAAAUGCAAACGUGCGCACUGCCUCUUCAUGUUCCCCUUGUGUUCUCGUUUUGUAUGUUCGGCCUUGAAGACCGAACGGGGAGGGUGUAGCGGCGCCGAGGCGCCGAAGAUGCGCACGACUCCGGGGUGCAAGCGCCGUCGGUGUCACAAUCAUGUGCAUUUUGCGUUUAUUGUGCCAUUUAACAGAAAGUUGUUUUUGUUGUUCAGCUAAAAUGUGCCAAAAGCUGUUUUUCAUCAAGUUUGAUUGUCAAUUGUAAUUUUAGCUUUAUUUCGCUAAAAAGGUUGUCUAAACGAUUAACGUAAAUAUGUCCGUUUUUGGCCGCUACAUUGUUAAGCGGUAUCUCCACGUCCUGUCUGCGCUGUGAUUUGCGAUACAGUCGAAACCAUUGCAUUGCAUUGCAUUGCAUUGCCUGACAUCGCAUUAGAAGAGAAUAUAAAUUGGUAUCACGAACAGGCAGCGAUGCGUUUAAGACGACGCGAGGAGCGCAGGCGGGAACACUAGUCAUUCCACAUUUCUGUGCACAUAUGACAAUUUAACCUGCCAGACCUUCUAUUCCUAGCCCCUACUGUCCCUAGUCACCCUCUAGUAUCAUGUGACCACACUCCACGCCUCCGUGAGCCAUUCUAUUCAGUGACCACCGCCGUGCUGUACCGCCCAGCGCGACCUCUGUGGAGUGCUGAGCUCAGCAGAGACACUGGCGCCGUGCUGGGGCGGAGCGUGUCGCCCGGCUGCAGUGGCGCCGCUGACACCUGCGACUGGUGGCAACGCCUUUUUGCUCCUUCAACAAGUCCACCAAUCCCUCGUCUAGCAUCAGUCGUAUUUCGGAGAUCAGUCUGAACUACCAGACCCCGCACAGUCCGGUAGCCGACUGUCUUCCUCUCGUGGUUCCCUGAGAGCGCCGCCGGCCGGCUGCUGCGUCUCCCAGACCCGGCGCCAUGGGCUCCCCGGCCACCUCGCUGCCCGACUCGCCACCGACCUCGUUCAUGUCCGAGGAUGGCGACAACAGCGACAGGAACGAGAGCGGUCUCCCUCCUUCGCCGGCGGCCGCAGUGGUCACCAUGGACGCCCAGCCGGUCACCUACUGCGAGCCCACCUUCUGGUGUUCGGUCAGCUACUACGAGCUGUCGAGCCGCGUCGGCGAGACGUUCCACGCGUCCCAGCCGAGCCUGACCGUGGACGGCUUCACGGACCCGAGCAGCUCGGACCGCUUCUGCCUGGGCCUGCUGAGCAACAUCAACCGCAACCCGGUGGUGGAGCAGACGCGGCGCAACAUCGGGCACGGCGUCCGGUUCUACUACAUCGGUGGUGAGGUGUUUGCCGAGUGUCUGAGCGAGUCAGCCAUCUUUGUACAGUCACCCAACUGCAAUCACCGGUUUGGCUGGCACCCGGCCACCGUCUGUAAAAUACCAUCCAAAUGCAACCUGAAGAUCUUCAACAACCUCGAGUUCGCGGCGAUGCUGGCCCAGUCGGUGAACCAGGGCUUCGAGGCCGUCUACAGCCUGACGCGCAUGUGCACCAUUCGAAUCAGCUUCGUGAAGGGCUGGGGCGCCGAGUACCGGCGGCAGAUCGUCACCUCGACGCCCUGCUGGAUCGAACUGCACCUGAACGGACCGCUCCAGUGGCUGGACCGGGUCCUGACGCAGAUGGGCUCGCCACACAUGCCCUGCUCGUCCAUGUCGUAGGUGCGCGGUGGACCCUCAGAGAGACAGCGCGCCGAACGGUGUGAGACUGCGUGAGAAGUUUUAUAGCUGUGUGAAUGGUUAAUGUGCGCCGCCGUGGCGUGCGGUGGACGUUUGUGGCGCGCGGAGGACCAUCUUGGUGCGCUGACGGAGGUGGCACCGUGGCACGUAUAUACAUGACGCUUCAUCGAAGUUUGAACUAUCCGUGGCGGCAGAGGUGGGCUAUACAUGAAGAGCAUACAUGAAGACAUCGCCCGCCUGGUGUCCUCUGCUUGCCGCUGACAUCCGAGAUACUGUGACGUCACACCAGUCAGUGGCGUCACUAAGCGCUGCGCUGCCGUGAAGGUACGAACUACCGGGCGUGGAGGCCUCCCCUGACGCCGGCAGGCCCCUGAGUCAAGUCAAAAGGGUGAAACGGGACGCUAACACACGGGACAGGCGGUGACGCUUUACGCUUUGUGAGGGUCGAGCGGGGCUGCAAGGGCGCGGCCCUCGCUGAAUGAGUCUCAGAAGACGGCGGUUUGAGGGGGGGGGGGGGAAAGGGGGAGGAAAGGAGUGUGACACGGUCAAGUGUUCCUUCAUCGUCCGGACCGGGCCCGCUUUAUCGAAAUGCGCGUCUAUUCGCUGCUUCCUCAGCGGCAGUCAAGUCUUCUCAAAGUCCCGGACCGCUGAACGUAUCGGGAAGGUGCGCCGUUCAGUCCUAUCUCCUGCCCCGCAUUGCGUUGGCGUAUUCUCGGACCAGCUCAGGAGAAAGCUGUGGUGACAAGGGCUCCGUAGGUGCCACCGCCGGGCGUGGCCGUUUGCUGAAUAGGGUCAACGCUAACCCGCAGGUGCUAGUGUAAUGAAUAUCCGCGAAUAUUGACGGGCGGACCCGUCACCAUUUGACUGUAUAUUUUGUAAGGUGACCCUCCUAAUAGUCCCUUUUAUGCCCAGGUCGGGACUAGCCGAACAUGUCGUGAGUUUCAGUAAACUGUGAACUAAGGCGAUCUGACCCUCUUCCUCCCUCUGAUGCUCGCUGCUUUAACAGCGUUGACAAGUGAGUCAAAAUGGGUUUUGGCUUCAGAGCUGCGCUGAUGCAGCCGGUACCUAGCUCUCGUUUAGGACACGGCGUGCGCAGUCAGUUGGCCAUCAUGUUCUGAGUGUGAUGUUGACGAUGCUUUGACUGAUAGCGGGACGCCGAAAGCAUGCUUUACCCGCUGCGUCAGGCUGGCGGAACCUUACGAUACGUACUGUGUUCGACGCGAGUCUGACUGUCAAACAAUUUACUGGAACGAAGAGUCUGCUUUCUGUGAGGAUUUUAAACAACAUCUGUGUACCUGAGAAAUUUAUUAGAAGUCCCGUCGCGAGCGUACUAUAGUGGCGAUACGCUACUGCGAAUAAACUAUUUGUAUAUGG